AUCGUCGCAGACGGCGCAGCCAUUUUGGGGAGUUCGUCGACCGCUUUUGAGCUCGCGGUUUCGUGGCUGAAAAAAAACACACAAAAGAAACCCAAACGGAACGAAAAACGUUGGACAAAAAAACCUCGUUCACCAUGGGCCCGCCGGGAGACAGAACAUUACACACGUCGACUGAAAGAACGGAGCACUUCGGCCGGAUGGUCGACUUAUCUUGACAUGGCAUGCAGCAGGGCGAGCUGAAGGUUGUGACGACGGACGAAAAGACGAGGCAGAGACAGCGAGCAAACACCUCCAAACUCCACACGGGUUGAGGAGAGGGAGGGAGGGGUCUUUGAUUACACUAAUCCAGUUCGAUACCGUCAGGUUGACUUAUUGACCCCCCUGUCCUGCCGAUAAUGAGCCGGGGCGGUUAGUCUGCUCAGCCUCAGUCUCUGACGGGAGAAGAUGUAAACGCGAGGGGAGAUGACCGACCGCACACGGGCCUCCAUCUAAUCUGGAAGAUGUAGUUUUGUCUUGUCGGUUCACUACUAGUUAGUGUCUGAGAGUGAGAGCCUGAGGGGAGCCACACUUAGCUCGCCUUGGCUUGGUGUGCUAAAAAUACGCCCACGUCAUGACUACCAGCUGUGGCCCGAGUGACGGCGAGAAGAGUCGCGGAAAUGCCAAGUUACUUCUGCAGUAGUUCUUCUUCGAUGUUAUUACCCAGUGCCAAUCUCUCCCGGCAUCUGUUUUUACCUGCCAUGUUCGUCUGUAACCCGCAUUUCAGGCAGUCUGCAGCAGAGAAACGCACCCGACAGCCAUGGAUGAGGGACUUUAAAAUGACCCAGUUAACAGAGUAUUUGACUACCUCCUGUCGUAGUCGCCAGUCUCACUAGCACAAACAAAACAAAAAAAGAUAGUGGAAAUAUAAUAUUACCGGUAUGAUGGAUGUUUUGUGGUAGCGGCCGCUUUUCGUUAGUUUCAAGUACCAUUUACAAAAAUCUAAUCUAAUUUGAUUUGCUGCUUCCUUAAAAGUCAGUUUUAUUCCCCUGUCAUUGGAAUUGUUAUUUCUUUAAAAAACAAAAAAAAGAAAAAAAAAGGACGUUCAUUUGGCUUUGAGAAAAUGUCUUAAAACAAGGAUUUCUGAUCAGGUAUGAAGAAGAUGUAGUCUUAGCCUGUUGACCAUUCCCCUCCUCACCAAGGCCCUUUUCAAAAUAAAGUUGAGAUGACGUAGUUUUGUUACAGGUUCGUUGAUCUUCUCGGUUUAUAGCUCUUAGCUGAACAGUUAUGGUACGUUUCUGCAAAGGGUAGCUAGAUCCAUCCUAUGUCAGACGUGUAAAGACUAUAGUGUGUCAUUAAAAUAUAUACGGCAUUAGACGAAAAGACGCUACCAUCAAAAACUAACCAUGGGGGACCCAACUUCACGAAGAAACCAAACAAGAAAUCGACUUCGAGCUCAGCUUCGGAAGAAAAGGGAAUCUUUGGCUGAUCAGUUUGACUUCAAGAUUUAUAUAGCCUUCGUUUUCAAGGAAAAGAAGAAGAAGUCAGCACUCUUUGAGGUAGCUGAAGUGGUGCCUGUGAUGACCAACAACUAUGAAGAAAGCAUCUUACGAGGUGUGCGUAAUUCCACCUACUCUCUUGAGAGUUCAAUAGAACUCUUGCAAAAGGAUGUUGUGCAACUACACGCCCCCAGAUACCAGUCAAUGCGAAGGGAUGUGAUAGGCUGCACACAGGAAAUGGAUUUUAUCCUUUGGCCACGCAAUGACAUCGAGAAGAUUGUAUGUCUGCUGUUCUCCAGGUGGAAAGGGGCCGAUGAUGAACCCUUUAGGCCUGUUCAGGCCAAGUUUGAAUUUCAUCAUGGAGACUAUGAGAAGCAGUGCUUGCACGCUUUGGGCCGUAAAGACAAGGCUGGAAUGGUCAUGAACAAUCCAACUCAGUCUGUAUUUCUCUUCAUGGAUAGACAACACUUGCAGACUCCGAAAACCAAGGCCACAGUCUUCAAGUUGUGCAGCCUCUGCCUGUACUUGCCCCAGGACCAGCUGACCUGCUGGGGUGUGGGAGAUAUCGAGGAUCACCUCCGCCCAUACAUGCCUGAUUAAGGCUUUUUGCUCCACCCAGCAACACAGAGACUAGCCUCUCCCCUCCCUCCCGCCUAAGCCUUCAGAAGCAAAUUGAUGUACUCAUCUCCUCCCUUUCCCUUUAAAAGAUUUGAACUUGUGCUUGAAACUCCUUUUUGUUCCCCGCUGGUUCUCCUCUCCCUGACCUGAAGCUGAUUCAGUUCCCAUCCUUUUUAUUUUUCCCCCCUCACACUUCCAAUUUUCCCCCCAUUUUUUUUUUUCCUGCCAUUUUUGGAUUGAUUCUGCCAUUUUAUUUGACUUCCUCUUCAUUCCCUUCCUCCUCACUCACCCAUAUAUAUAUUUUUUUUCUUUUGAUCAUUUGAACCUGCAUGAACAUUGAUUUUGAGUGGUUGGUUGUUCUUCUGGAGCCACACUGUCAACAGCACCGGUCAUUGAAGGAACUCUUUAUGUUGCAUCAAUACAGGAACAAACGCUACACAGGUCUUCAUGAUGGUUCUCAGAUGGACGUGGUUUAAAUCCUUGUUGUCAUAAGAAAGGAUUGUUAAAGCUUGUUUGUAAUGUCACUGGGUUUCUGAAACAACUUUAUACAAUCUUUAGACCGAGGACAGGCAUUAUCAGGUGUUAGAACACCUGUGUAAGCAAAGAUAAAGACAAACAGUAUUUGUCAAAUCAUGGUGUAGGUAUCGCUUCUUAUACACCGCCUUAGUUAUUUUGCUGGAGUUUUUUAAAAUAUGUUUUUGUGUCCUUUGCUUUCCUCUGAAACAUGCUAGGCAGGCCUUUGCUAAAAUCUUGAGUGUCUUGAAAGGCAUUGUGCGCAAACUUGAGACAUGUUGGUUAGAAGUUGAAGGUAAUUUUCAUUGUUCAAACCGUUUAUGCAUUAGUCAUUUAAGCUACUGAAAUCUGAUGUUUUUUGCUUGGAUUUGUUUGGGGAUGUGGUUUGGUGAAAAAUUGAAAUGGUGACAGAUUUAUUCUUUAACAUACCUAAUAAAAAUUUCACAAAAGCUCACUCUUUGAAGUCGAGGUCUGAAAAUGUUGCCAUGCUCAAACUAAAAUGAGGUUUUGCAGGCUUGUCAGAGACUAUGAAGUACAUAGUACAUAUAAUUUUGAUCCUUGUUGAUUCAGUGUGCUCAGCUAAAAGGGUGAAAGGCAUGUAAGUGGGGUGUUUUUUUCUUUCUUGAUUCUUGAAUCAGUACUGCUGAGCAUAUCCCAAUACAGUGCAAAAUCUGAAAGCACAA